AUGCAAGGGAAGUUCUAUGGUAGUCUGUCAGACACAAUGCAAGGGAAGCUCUAUGGUAGUGUGUCAGACACAAUGCAAGGGAAGUUCUAUGGCAGUCUGUCAGACACAAUGCAAGGGAAGCUCUAUGGCAGCCUGUCAGACACAAUGCAAGGGAAGCUCUAUGGUAGUCUGUCAGACACAAUGCAAGGGAAGUUGUAUGGUAGUGUGUCAUACACAAUGCAAGGGAAGCUCUAUGGUAGUGUGUCAGACACAAUGCAAGGGAAGUUCUAUGGUAGUGUGUCAGACACAAUGCAAGGGAAGCUCUAUGGUAGUCUGUCAGACUCAAUGCAAGGGAAGUUAUAUGGCAGUCUGUCAGACACAAUGCAAGGGAAGUUCUAUGGCAGUCUGUCAGACAAAAUGCAAGGGAAGCUCUAUGGCAUUCUGGACACAAUGCAAGGGAAGCUCUAUGGCAGUCUGUCAGACACAAUGCAAGGGAAGUUCUAUGGCAGUCUGUCAGACACAAUGCAAGGGAAGCUCUAUGGUAGUCUGUCAGACACAAUGCGAGGGAAGCUCUAUGGUAGUCUGUCAGACGCAAUGCAAGGGAAUACCUAUGGUAGUCUGUCAGACACAAUGCAAGGGAAUACCUAUGGUAGUCUGUCAGACACAAUGCAAGGGAAGCUCUAUGGCAGUCUGUCAGACACAAUGCAAGGGAAUAUCUAUGGCAUUUUGGACACAAUGCAAGGGAAGUUCUAUGGCAGUCUGUCAGACACAAUGCAAGGGAAUACCUAUGGCAUUUUGGACACAAUGCAAACAGCUUCACUGGCUUGUAAAUGA